ACAAACUCUUCUCAUGUGUUAGUGGUGGAGGCAUAUAACAGUGAUCAAGGUCCUAUGAGAAAUUCUGUGAGGGUGAUUGUGUAUGUUGACGAUGUUAAUGAUGAAGCGCCAGUCUUCACACAACAGCAGUAUAGCCGAUUGGGACUGCGUGAAACUGUUGGGAUUGGAACUUCUGUUACAGUGGUCAGAGCUACUGAUAGAGACACUGGGGAUGGUGGACUAGUGGUCUAUAGGCUGCUGGCGGGCUCAGAUGGAAAGUUUGAGAUUGAUGGAAGCACGGGCCUUCUAACUACAAUCAAUUACUUGGAUUAUGAGACAAAAAUCAGCUACACUAUGAAUGUUUCAGCCACAGACCAAGCUCCUCCAUACAACAGGGGUUUCUGCACUGUAUAUAUCACACUGAUGAAUGAACCAGAUGAAGUUGUUCAGUUCUCCAACUCCACCUAUGAAGCUAUGAUAAUAGAAAACAUUGCUACGGGCACAGAAGUACUUCGGGUACAAGCACGGUCUAUUGAUAACUUGAACCAGCUGACAUAUCGCUUUGAUCAGAACACAAAUGCCCAGGCUCUGGCUCUCUUCAAGAUUGAUAAAAUCACAGGUACAAUAACAGUGAAAGGUCUGGUAGAUCGAGAGAAAGGAGAUUUUUACUCCCUGACAGUAGUUGCAGAUGAUGGUGGACCCAAACUGGAGACUACUUUGGUACAGAUUUCAGUUUUGGAUGAGAAUGACAACAGCCCC